AUGGGAAUCAACCGUGACUCCAGGCACAAGAGAAGACUGACAGGUGGCAGGAUGCCCAUCCACAAGAAGAAGAGAGCCUUCGAAAAGGCUAGGCCUGUCUCCAACACUAAGCUUGUCUCUGAUCAGGCCAGGAUCAGACGUGUGAGAGUGCGUGGAGGAAACUACAAGUUCCGCGCUCUGCGUCUGAAGGAAGGCAACUUCAACUGGGCUUCCGAGGCAGUCACCCGCAAGACCCGUAUCCUGAACGUCGUCUACAACGCAUCCAACAACGAGCUGGUCAGAACCAACACCCUCGUCAAGAACUGUAUCGUCCAAAUCGAUGCCACCCCCUUCUCCCAAUGGUACGUCAACCACUACGGCGUCAACCUCAACGUCAAGAAGGCCAAGGACGUCAAGGUCGAGGACAAGAAGUCCAAGCGCGCCCAAGCCAGAAUCGAGGAGCGCAAGAAGACCAGAGUCAUUGAUCCCAAAGUCACUGAGCAAUUCGCCCAGCAAAGACUGCUCGCCUGCAUCAGCUCACGCCCCGGACAGUCCGGCAGAGCCGACGGAUACAUUUUGGAGGGAAAAGAGCUUGAGUUCUAUUCCAAGAAGAUCGACGCCAGAAAGAAAUGA